GAGCCCCGGCUGCAGGUCUCCUACGGCUUCAUGGCGCAGUACGGCGUGUCGGGGGUGCUGCCCGAGGAGGGCGCCGGGCCAGGACCGAGCACCAAGCCGACCUACGCCGACAUAGCCGCGGCGGCCCGGGUGGACAAGAGCCUCGUCCCCAACGUCCUGGCGGCCAUGCUGACGCGGUUCGGGGAGAUUUGCAUGCAGUACCCGCACAAGGUAGUGGCAAUAGACUUCGGCGCCCUGGGCGAGAUCCGCUGCGACAGCUCGCUCGUGGAGUUCGUGCCCGCGCGGCGGCGGCAGCCCGUGGCGCCCGCCACGACGCAGCCGCAGCGCACCGUCCGCGCGAUGCUAGCUCGGCGCCAGCUCGGUCUGGCGCCGCCCGCGCCCGCGGCCGGCGCUGCGGGCGGGAGCCCUUUUCCUGCAGCUUCGGGCCCCUCGCCGAACGAUGCCCUCGUGGACACAGCGUCGGUCUGCCCGGAGGCCGGCGCAGCCGCGGGCCAGGAGGACGCCCUCCCUUCGGCCCGCUCGGCGCUGGGGCAGAGGUCGCUCCGAGAGAUGACACUCAGGCGCUCGGAGCUGCCCCUCUCGGCGCGGACGCAAGCCUCGGAGGCCGACGGCACGGGCUUCGCGAGGUCGUCGCCGCCGCAGUCCAUGCAGUUCCCGCCCCUGCUGGACGAUUGCUCCCGGACCCUGGCCGCCCCGUACGGGGAGGAGCUGCUCCAGGGCAGCAGCUCCGGCCGCAUCGCCUCGUACUUCUCGCCGGCGGCGGCCGCGCUCGGGUGGAGCCACGAGGCGAAGUGCCUGCGGUGGCGCGCGCCGCCGCCGAAGAAGGACAAGAAGGGCCUCCAGCCCGAGGUCCCGCCCUUCGAGGUCCUGGAGAGGGAGUUCGAGAACCAGAAGGUGCUGCCGGGCUCCCCGAUCGACGCCGAGCUCCAGGACGCCGGCAUGGACCUGCGCACCUUCUACAGCUGCAUGUCCCGCUACAACUACUACACGUCAAGCGGCAUCAGCGACAGCGUGGUGGCGCCCAUUAGCCAGGCCUGGGUGAACAACGUUGGCCUCCUCGUUGAGAUCGAGAAGUUCGGCGACCUGGCCAAGGAGGUCACCGACGACAUCCUGAGGCAGAUGCUCGCGGAGAUGGUGGAGGGUUACGUCGCAGCUGGCAAGAAGGCCAUCGCGGACUACGUACUCAGGGAUGUCGAAGCUCGUCGCCGGACGCUGGUGCCAGCGGUGCCCAUGCCGGAGCCGGACUGGGGUUCAGGCGGUCGCCACCAGCAGAGGUGA